AUGAAUAGCAAUCAAUCUUACAUUAAAAUCACUCGCGAUAUUAAACCUCCUGCUGCUGUUUUCAACAAGAAGCUAAGCGUACCUGAUGGACAGGUGGAUGGUGCCAAUCUUGAUGACGAGACGAGAACAGAAUCUGUUAGUUCACUUAAAUCUAGAUUCGAACAAUUAAACCAACAACAGUCAUCAGGCGCCAAAUUUGGGCCUAAAGUUUGUGGAGGCGUUAAUAUUAACGGACCACAAACGCCAAAUAAACCAUCUUUUCCAAAUAUAACGAACUUACCGCGUCAGCAACACAAGCAGCAGCAGCAACAAACAUUACAUCAGAACGAAUCGUUCUCAGAUUUGACAAAAGAUGAAUCCUCGAAAACCAAGGAACAGGGAAAUUCAUAUAAACCCUCGGUUGCUAAUUUAAUAGCAAGUAAUAAUGCACUUAAACCGCCAAAACCUGCAUUACCACUAAGAUCACCUACCAAACCUAUUAUUAGUCGAUCCACCUCUCCCUCCUAUUCAAAUAACCCAAAGACAGACCUAAAAAUGAUAGAAGAUCAUCAUGAUCCAUUCGACGACUCUCAAGGAAUCGAUCCUUUUGCAGAUGAUAACGACCUCGCAAAUUCAGUUGAGGAAACUACCGCACACAGUGUUCGAGCACCUCGAACUAAAAUUCGCGGCUAUUCAUUCCGAGAUAUGAAUGGCGAGGAUGGUGAUGACUCCGAUAAUCAACACGUUUCGAAUAACAAAUUUUCAGCCAUUAAACAGAAAAAGGAACGCAGACAUACAGAAGAUGAAGAUGAUGAAGUGUAUGUGCCAAGAUUACCUCCCAAGAACAUUUUAGUUGAAGACGAGGAUUCUGAAAAUGGGCAUUACGCGAGUUCAACUCAGAAAAAGGCAAACAAGGGUAGCAAACCCCCGUUACCUGGUCGUCCUCAAAUGCCACCACCACCUCUUCCAAAUCGUCCACCCUCGCUUCGUUCACAAACGGGCAUCAAACAACACAAAAUCGUUUCUGAAAAUAAUCCGACGGACUCUAAUUCCACAUCGGAAGCACCUGAUCUGACCAAGUCCAAUCGUAGACCCCCCAAAUUCAAGGGCAUCAAAGAAAUUAAUAACAAGGGAACAACUCGUGCAUUCGAAAUAACAGGUAAAUUCAUUAUCACCGAUUCUGGUCAUACUCGUGUGUGGUCGCUUGAUUCAGGUGAUAACAUUAAUACGAUUUCACAUGAGGAUACCAAAAUAACAUGCCUUUGUUGGCGUCCAACGCGAAGAAUCGAGGAUGUUGGCAGGUUUAUCUGGGGUGGUGGGCAAGACGGUAAUAUAUUUGCCAUUGAAAUUCAUGGCGAAGAAAGGUACCUGGAAAUGGCACGUAAAGCUCACGGCUAUCCGGUGAAUUUCAUUUUACGUCAUGAAUUUCAGUUGUGGUCUCUAGAUGACGGUGGAAAGUUGUUGAUAUGGUCGGAAGAUGGUGGUGUUGUCUCAUUAAGAUCAACUCCGAAAUCAAUUCAAUUAGUUGCCAAACAAACUUGCGCUCUUGUAGUUGGUCAUCAUCUCUGGACAGCCGCUGGAAAGACCAUAGAGGUCUUUAAUCCAUUGGACGAGAAUAGGGUGAACAUAAAAAAAAUCGAGAUUGGAAUUGACAUGGGGAAUGUAAAGUGUAUGACGCAAACGGAUAAUUCUUCUCUGGUCUAUGUCGGACACGAGGAUGGCAAUGUCACCGCGUGGAAUGCCAAGACAUUUAACCGAGUAUUAUCAAUAAAAGUGUCGGUUUAUAACAUCACGUCCUUGUUAGGCGUUGGAGAUUAUCUAUGGGUUGGAUUUAAGACAGGGAAGAUCUACAUAUAUGAUGUCACGAAGGAUCCUUGGAUGGUCGUCAAAGAUUGGAAGGCGCAUAAAUCUCCGGUGGUUGAAAUGCACCAUGACGAGGAUGGAUUGUGGAAGGUAAAUCGGUUGCAGGUUGCUAGUUGUAGUGCUGAGGGGCAAAUCAAAGUGUGGGAUGGAUUGAUGGGACAAGAUUGGAUUGCUGAUGAAAUGAUCGUCCGUGGAAGAGAAUACUGCAAAUAUCGAGAGAUCAAGGUGUUAAUAUGUUCGUGGAAUAUUGAUGCUUCAAAACCUUCCGAUUUGGAGCGAUCUCAUGAUGCCACCAAGUUCCUGAGGCUCUGGUUCACGAGUACCGAAUCUCCCGAUAUAAUUGUAAUAGGGUUCCAGGAAAUUAUAGAUUUGGAGUCAGGAAAGCAAACCGCCAAAACGAUAUUGACUAAAAAGAAGACUGAAAAGCAAAAUGCUGCUAAUUUGACACAACGUUACAAGGCAUGGCGUGAUAAGCUUGUCAAAGCGGUUCGUGAGUAUACGGCAUACGGGGAAAAAUACGAGGUUAUCAGUUCAGAAUACCUUGUCGGAUUGUUCACAUGUAUCUUUGUGAAGGAAUCAGAACGUAAGCAUGUAAAGAAUAUCGACAUCGCUACUAAGAAAACUGGAUUAAAAGGUUAUCAUGGGAAUAAGGGUUCGAUAGCGACUCGAUUCACGUAUGAUGACUCUUCGAUGUGCUUUGUGAAUUGUCAUCUGGCAGCAGGACAAACACAAAUAACAGCGCGGAACACGGAUGCCGCAAAUAUAUUAGAUACUACCGAGUUUUCGAUUCGGGAGGUAAACGAAUCAGUUUUUGUUCACGGAGGUGACGGUACGGCAAUAUCCGACCACGAGAUUUGCUUCUUCAGUGGCGAUCUCAACUACAGAAUUGACUUACCACGCGAGCAGGUAUUGGAAGCGGUUGAAGAAAAAAAUUUCGCACUAUUGUGGGAGCACGAUCAAUUGUUUAGACAACGCAGCUCAAAUCCCGGAUUUCGAUUGCUACCGUUCUCCGAAGGGGUACCUAAUUUUGCGCCGACAUACAAAUAUAAUCCUGGCGAAGAUGAAUACGAUACUUCGGAAAAGAGACGCACGCCCGCUUGGUGCGAUAGAAUACUAUAUCGAGGACCAAGGAUAAAACAAGAACAUUAUAGGAGAUACGAAUGUAAUGUGUCUGACCACAGGCCAAUCAGUGGUGCAUUUAAGGUUGUGGUCAAGACCAUCCUAAGAGACAAACAAUUAGAGGUUGAGCGAGAGGUGGAGAAAGCGUGGGAAAAGAAUGUUGAGAAAGAAAAAUCAAAGAUAAAGGCGAAACUUUUAAAAACUUGUGGGUUUGACCAUGCGACAGCCGUUAAGGCGUUGAAAGAGACUAAUGGAAAUUUAAUGAGAGCUUUUGACAUGUUGAAAAGUAGUGGGACAAGAAGUGUCUUAGAUGAGGGGAUACGAAGAAAAAGGAACAAUCGAUUAGAAUCUUGA